UAUACAUGGCUGUGAUUUCACUCUGUAAUGCUCAUUGUCCCUGGUCACAUAAAUAGUAGGCGGUAUGAAAAAAAAAGUAUUUUUCCACGGUUCACGAGGGAAAAUAAGAAAUCGAGAGGGAUGUACGAAUACGGGCCUAGUUAUACUAUAUGGGAAUUUAUGCGAAGUAUAUUGAAACAAUAAGGUAGAUUGUUGCGACAGUCUUGCUAGACGGCUUUGAAGAUCUUUUGCCUACGCAACGACCUCGAGCCGUUGGGUCUUUGAAAGACAUUUACUGGUCGCGACUACUACCUUUCAUCGGUAUUGAUAAAAAUAUAGGCCAAAUGACGCCAUUACACAUGGCUCUACGUAAUGGAUCGGACACACCUAUCCUGACACCUUACUUCGAAGACAAAGAAAUGCAUAUGGACAGCGAGAUCCUCAAUACAGGCUUAUCAGCGAUAUCAGUGAAAGGAUAUGACGCCGGUGAUCCCAAAGAAUACAUCGGUCUCAGGGCGAGGAACUCUUUCAGAAGUGUACAUCGACCGGAUCUUUCAAAGCUGAAAAAUUGGUCUGGAAAUCACGCGCGUCAGAAGUUGGGCAAUUUUGGAAAUGAUCCUGGAUGUUCAACGUUACCAAUCAAUGACGAUUCUGGGACAGAAUUAGUCGAAGGCAAUCAGCUGACUCUGAUUCAUGCUACCGUCGAUGAAACCGCUGACAUGGAUGAUGACGAUUCAACGUAUAUUUCGGAACCAAGGACUACACAGUUUAGUGAUAAUGAUUUGGAUGAGAAUACAAAUUUGCACAAGUGCCGAGCUGAGUUUUGUGUUACUAUUGGAAGAAUUGAUCGGAAUUUAAGAGACGGUAUUACUGGACGUAUUGAGAAUAUUGGUAUGACACCUGUUCAAGAGGAACUUAAUGAAAAAAGUACUACAGGUUUAUAGAAAUUUUUAAUCAAUUCUAAAUUUGUAAUAAUUCAUUUUAAACGUGAAAUUAGAUGUAAUAGGCAUAAAAUAUUUGUUUUUAGAAAUUCAGUAGUAGUGACAAGUGUCAUUCUACUGUCCUGAAAGAUGUUUGUUUACUGUUAAAACUAUACGACUUUAAGUAUGAAAGAUUUAAUGAAUAAAAUAAAAUAUAAUUAAAUCAAGAAAGAGAAAUG